CCGCGAGCCCGCGAGCCCGAGAGCGGAGCGGCGAAGCGGGGAGGGAACGCGCUGCUGAGCCGGGGCUGGAGCGGCGGCGGCAGCGGCGGAGGGAGGGCCCCACGGACAGACAGACGCACGAACGGACCGAGCCAGGGAGGGAGCGAGAGAGACUUCGCCGGCGAGGAGGAGCGGCGCGAGCCGCGGCUGCUGGGCGCUUCCCCGCGCUGCUGGGUGCUCGGCGCCUCCGCGGCCCCCGGCUCCCGGCCUCAGCUUCCUCACGCGCGCGAGGCGCGGGGUGCGGGGCCCGGGGCUCGCUUCGCCGAAGGGGUCGCUGAACUAACUCUCAAGCUGGUGUGCGCAGUGGCGGAGCAGUGGCCACCCAAGAGCUGGAGUCACCAUGGCGGCCGGAGUUGCAGCCUGGCUGCCUUUCGCGCGGGCUGCGGCCAUCGGGUGGAUGCCGGUGGCCAACUGCCCCAUGCCCCUCGCCCCGGCAGACAAGAACAAGCGGCAGGAUGAACUGAUCGUCCUCAACGUGAGCGGGCGGAGGUUCCAGACGUGGCGGACCACGCUGGAGCGCUACCCGGACACACUGCUGGGCAGCACGGAGAAGGAGUUCUUCUUCAACGAGGACACCAAGGAGUACUUCUUCGACCGGGACCCAGAAGUGUUCCGCUGCGUCCUCAACUUCUAUCGCACAGGCAAGCUGCACUACCCCCGCUACGAGUGCAUCUCCGCCUACGAUGACGAGCUGGCUUUCUAUGGCAUCCUGCCCGAGAUCAUUGGCGACUGCUGUUACGAGGAGUACAAGGACCGCAAGAGGGAGAACGCCGAGCGGCUCAUGGACGACAACGACUCGGAGAACAACCAGGAGUCCAUGCCCUCCCUCAGCUUCCGCCAGACCAUGUGGCGGGCCUUCGAGAACCCGCACACCAGCACACUGGCCUUGGUCUUCUACUACGUGACUGGCUUCUUCAUUGCCGUCUCGGUCAUCACCAACGUGGUGGAGACGGUGCCGUGUGGCACGGUGCCUGGGAGCAAGGAGCUGCCGUGUGGCGAGCGCUACUCGGUGGCCUUCUUUUGUCUGGACACCGCCUGCGUCAUGAUCUUCACGGUGGAGUACCUCCUCCGGCUCUUCGCGGCGCCCAGCCGCUACCGCUUCAUCCGCAGCGUGAUGAGCAUCAUCGACGUGGUGGCCAUCAUGCCCUACUACAUCGGCCUGGUAAUGACCAACAAUGAGGACGUGUCGGGCGCCUUCGUCACGCUUCGGGUCUUCCGCGUCUUCAGGAUCUUCAAGUUCUCCCGCCACUCCCAGGGCUUGCGGAUCCUGGGCUACACCCUGAAGAGCUGUGCCUCUGAGCUCGGCUUCCUCCUCUUCUCCCUCACCAUGGCCAUCAUCAUCUUUGCCACUGUGAUGUUUUAUGCCGAGAAGGGCUCCUCCGCCAGCAAGUUCACGAGCAUCCCCGCCUCUUUUUGGUACACCAUCGUCACCAUGACCACACUGGGAUAUGGAGACAUGGUGCCCAAGACGAUCGCAGGGAAGAUCUUCGGCUCCAUCUGUUCCCUGAGCGGUGUCCUCGUCAUUGCCCUGCCGGUCCCUGUGAUCGUUUCCAACUUCAGCCGGAUUUACCACCAGAAUCAGAGAGCUGAUAAACGCAGGGCACAAAAGAAGGCCCGCCUUGCCAGGAUCCGUGUGGCCAAAACAGGGAGCUCCAAUGCCUACCUGCACAGCAAGCGCAACGGACUCCUCAACGAGGCACUGGAGCUGAUGGGCACCCCGGAAGAGGAGCACAUGGGCAAGACCACCUCACUCAUCGAGAGCCAGCACCACCACCUGCUGCACUGCCUGGAGAAAACCACUGGGUUGUCCUAUCUUGUGGAUGAUCCCCUGUUAUCUGUACGAACCUCCACCAUCAAGAACCACGAGUUUAUAGAUGAACAGAUGUUUGAGCAGAACUGCAUGGAGAGUUCAAUGCAGAACUACCCAUCCACACGGAGUCCCUCACUGUCCAGCCACCCGGGCCUCACGACCACCUGCUGCUCCCGUCGUAGUAAGAAAACCACACACCUGCCCAAUUCCAACCUGCCGGCCACACGCCUGCGCAGCAUGCAAGAGCUCAGCACGAUCCACAUCCAGGGCAGCGAGCAGCCCUCCCUCACUACCAGUCGUUCCAGCCUUAAUUUGAAAGCAGACGACGGACUGAGACCAAACUGCAAAACAUCCCAGAUCACCACAGCCAUCAUCAGCAUUCCUACUCCCCCAGCGCUAACCCCAGAGGGGGAAGGUCGGCCACCCCCUGCCAGCCCAGGCUCCAACACGAACGUUCCUGCCGUAGCCAGCAAUGUUGUCAAGGUCUCCGCCUUGUAAAACCACUGGACAGAGGGCCAGUGCGGGUGGUGGGAGUGAAGGGGGCUGGCAUGUUGGUGGGUGGCCACUGUGACCACUCCCUCCCCCUCCCCCACUAUUUCUGCCCACCCUGUUGCACCCCCAACACUGAAAUCUGUGCCUGGAAGGAGAAAGAGGCAGCAAAGGGGCACCUGAGGUUCACUGCUACUAGCGUGGACAUAACCCUGUGCCACUGCAUCUCACAGGGGCCAGAGGAAAGGGAGGGCGGGGCGGGUAGGGAUGGGACUGUGCGGGUAUAAGCUGCGAGCCAGGACAGGGCCCGGAGUGGGGAGCCUCAGACCAAAUAACCAUUGUUUCUGGAGACCCCAGUGAGGAAAAUACAAGACCAAGAGCAGCACAGAGGCCGAGUUGUCACAUGCAAAACAGGAAGAAAAUAUAACACUGUGUAUUUAAGCACCUUUUUCAAGGCUCUUAAUGGAUAAUAUUUAUUCAUGGGAAAAGGUGGAAAACAAAAACACCAACGGAGUUUUGUGAAAUGUUUUUCUCCAUGGACCCAAUACCUUUGAACCAAAACAAUGCAUUUUGUGAGGGGUUUUUUUUUUUUUUUUCUCCUUUUAUAGCAAAAGCUUUUAGGCUAAGAAGUCAGUUACUGCUGAGUUCUCUCUUCGUUCCCCCAGGUAGGUGAGGUCGACUGAGCCUGGGCCCCACUGCCCAGCUGACCUGCACAGAGCUGCCACGUGACCACACAGCAACACUCACCCUCUGUCUGCCCCUGUCUCCUUUGUCUCUGUACCUCUCUGCUUCACCCCCUGGCUGUUUUUCUCUGUGUCCAGCCAUCUGUCUCCACAUGGACCCCAGUGAUACCGAGACAUGUUAGUAAAGCCUUCUCCACUGCCAAGCACCUGCAGACUCGUGCCAAGGACAUGAAUGCAGUGGUGGAAGAGAAAAGAAUAAAGCAAAAAUGGGCAUUUAGGGAUGAGGGAAGUCCACCUUAAAGAACAGAGUGCUUCCCUUGCGGUUGGAACCACUGGUGUUGAAGUUUCCAUUUCUGGGGAAGAAAGGGAAUGACCACAUUUAUCUCACUGGGACCUUGGAAAAGGAAAUCGCUAGCACCUGAGAGGCACAGGCAAUGCCAGUGUGUGCCAGUGAAGAGAGAAGAGAAGAACCCAGGGCUCCCAGCUGCAGUCAGCCCCUGUGGCACCUUGCUCUGUACCCUUCUUUCAGGACCCACCGUAAAGCCCAUCCAGAGCUCUGACAAGAAGCCCCAGGAGCAGUUUCCCGCAGAGAAGGCAGCAGUACGGGGACCAACCUUCUGACUUAUCUCACACCUGAGGCAACUCCCACGGAGGCUGCGGAAGGUUAAGCCUGUGUGCCUCACGAAGGAUGCUCCAAAGAGUGAAAUCAAGUAAGAGAUUAUAGAUGAUUCUUAUCUGGUCUGAAUGAUGCCUUGAGAUCUGAAGAGUCUUCAGGCCUGUUGUCCCCGAAGAUAACUGAAAUGGGGGAGAAGCCUGAUCACCUCCCUGCAAGUGAGGAAGUGAAUAUUAUUUUUGGAAAACCUGGACACAUUUCUGUGCAAGUGGUUUGCAUCCUGAUGGGGCUGGGAACAGCAUUUCCAGAAUCCAAUCAAUUUUCACUGCUUUUAGCAGAGCAGGUGGGCCUCGGGGUUAGUGACCAGGCCCUUUCCGCCUUCCCCAAUCUCCAACUACCCUAUUGCAGUCUCUCUAGCCUGGACUCUGAGACACAGGAGCUCCUUGGGAACUCUUUAUCCAUUCAACAGCUUAGUGGUUAGCUGUUUAAUGCUAGGCCAAGAAUUUUUCUGCCCACCUCAGCCAUCCAGAAGAGUUUCACUAGCUGGGAACCUAAAAACACCUUCAACGGGCUUCCCUAUGACCCCAACUCUACUGACCCUGUAGAAGGAGAAAGUCAAAGGGAUGUGAGGUGGCACCUAACCAGAAGGUGAGCAGAAGGGCAGAGGAGAUGGAGCCUUCUCCUUUACGCUAUCCUCACUGACCAUUGACUGCAUCCCUUCUCUGGGUCUUGGCCUCAAGGAUUUCCCCCUAACCCGAGAAAGAGGUGGUCUGGCCCUCUGAGCUUAUGGUGUAAGUAGGCAAAAAGCUUUACAAUUACAGAGGAAUACGUGUGUACACACAAACACACAACAACCUAAACACACUUUCAUACUUAAUCCCAUUCACGUCAUCCACAUAUCUCAUUAGGGAAGGCAGAGGACUGGCCUGGACUCCAUUUAGAGGGCAGGCAAAGGACUAGAAAAGGAAUUUUUCUUUUGAAAGAAUGGGUAAUGGAACAAAGUUAAACAAGGUUUAAGUUUCUAAGUAUAUAUCAUAGGAACCGAAUGGGGUAAAGGAUAAAGAGGUAAAUAGGAACAUGGUUACACACACAUACGAACUGCCUGUGUUUAAGAACAGGUCAUCACAGAGUUAGAAUAAUGACUGCUCCAACCCAGGACCUGUUUGGUAGUGCACCAGGGGAGCUUACUAGUGGUUCUCACAAAAAUUAAUGAAAUUUAAAAAAAUCAUGUCCCAAAUAAUUUCCCACUUUUUUGACCCUAAUGAACUGAAUGUUUUGUAUUUCUUCAAUUUCAUUUCCAAAUCCCACAUUACGCCAGUUCCUAAACCACCAUUAUUAGACUAACCCCUUCAUCUCCAUCCCCCAAUGUAGCCUUAGCCAAAGAUGAGAGACCCUGUUCACACAAGAAAAUGGCUCAUCUACACAACAGAAUAGAGCAAGACUACACUGCUAAAGGGCAUUUGUGAGUAAAAAGAAGGUCCAAAGUGUGCCAAAUCAGUUGAAUGUCUAACUCAUUGGCCAGGGACUGAAGAACCAGGAUAUUAUCAGGGUUUUCAGGGGGCAAUGGCUUUCUGGUGAAAUGACUCGAGCUUUCAUAGUUCAUGAACAACUUCAGCAUAAUAGAUUUACAAAACUACCUAUCCCAUUCAAUCCUACUCAACAUUAGGGAGGGUUAAAAACCACCCAACCAACCAACCAAUAAGCUAUAUUGAAAUGAAUGGAAACUUAGAAAACAUGGAAUAGAGUGAAUCAGAACUAGAAGAGAUUAAAGAAUAUCUAAGUCAUUUUACAGUAUAGAAGGCUGAGGCCCAGAGAAAUUAAGUGACCUACUCAAGGUCAUGCAGUUAUUUAAUGACAGGACUGGGACCAGAACCCAAGUCCCUUGGCUAUUAGUCUAAUGCUUUUCCCUACACCCACUGCCUCUCAGAGCAACGAUGCUUUAGAGAAGACCCAUCAGAGAUUACUUGUUAUAUCUAGAGACGUAGCCUUAUGCGAAUGUCAAUUAUUACUUGGACACAGCCCUUGGAAACCACUGACUGUACUAAUCCAGACCACACUUUGGAAACCACCAUCCACUAAAUACAACUAGCUAUGGACUAUCAAUUCUGUCAAAAAUAGGUGAGUAGGUGAAUAGUCAGGUUUUUUCAGUCAAAUGCUGUCUCUCCUCGAAGAGCGGGCUAGGACAACAUUUUGAAGCAUACUUUCUAUAGUCCUUUUAAUCCUUUCCACAACCUCUGGUCGUAGUAGAUCAAGUACCUAAAUCCUUGAUUCACAGAGAAGAAAACAGGCAGAAAGAAGCUGAGUGACAUUCAAGUUCACACGGCAAGCUAGUGGCAGAACUAUGUUUGCAAUCCAGGGCUUAGACAUCUUGUCCCGGGACCUUUUCCUCUACAUCGUGUAGCAUUACUCUGAGGAUUGCUUAUAUAUUUUAAUAUCUGGAUUUCAAGGCUGGUGAUUAGGGAGAGGAAGCAUUAUACUCAAAACCACCCUGAACCAGGACCUCCAGAAGCAAACUCUGUACUAUUUCUCCUUCAUCCCCUCUUUUCGUAACUAGUGUCGAGCUCAAGACUAACUGCAUAGAAUCCUGUUCAAAAGACUAGAUAGUCUCAAUGAUAGCUGAACACAUGAGUCUACAGUCAUACAGGAGUAUGAAGUCAGCAAGUAGAAAAGUGAAAUUAAGAAAAAUAAUUUGAACAGAAAUUAAAGUGGAUAGUUAAUGCUGAUCGACAAUUAACAAAAAAGUCAACUUGUGGAUAUGUUGAGGACUUUACCCAGUUUUCAAACUAUGAUUCCUGCAGUUCGGGAUCAUGUUACUUGUUAGAAUAUUGGCAGGGAAAGUACAUUGAAAGAUGUACCUAGAUUUUUUUCCUUAUCUUUGUUUUUUUUUUUUUAACUUUGCAGAAGUAGUGGUUGAAAUUUAUCUAAACCUAGAUGUUUAGGUUAUUAAUGAAUUCUAGUGAUCCAGGUUCCCUCAUUUCAAUUACCAGGUAACUACAAGGCAAAAAGAUCCUAAUGCUGUUAAUCUAAGGCAAUAUUUGUUUCCCUUCUAAUCUAGUUGGCAUGGUAACCAUGACAAACAGGAACCAAAAAGACUUUUAUUUUCCCUUUCUGAUGUCCUUAUGAAAUCUCAGCAUUUGCAACGCUUUAAAAUGAUUGAAGGAAAAGCGUUGUUAUGACCCAUCACCCUCGGAGCCCAAAGAGCAUCAUGAGGAGCAUCAUUAGAACUAAGAGAAAGUGGAUCAGAAAAAGAAACAGCUUUAAAGGGGUUCCUUUUGAGUCUUGUUUUCUACUCAGAAUGUUCUAUGUUUUUCUCAUCAAGUGUGGGAAUGAAUUUAUCUUAGCAGGUUACUUAACUACACUGGAUAAUGUCACACUAACCAGUGUAGGGCACUGACCCAAGUCCUGGGGGGGGCUCCUUGGACCAACAGACUAUUUUACAAACCUGGGUGGUGGGAGGGAUGGUAUAUUUUUGAUAAUCAGACAUUCCAAUGUAAUGUUUUCCUUAGAGGUCACCCUCCCCCAUUAAUGUUAUCGUGAAAAACAUCAAGUGUGUUCUUUUCUAUUUUCAUAUAAUAAACGGGCUUUGCUUACCAACAUCACAAUGGCAAAGAAGAAAUACUGUACAAAACUGCAGGAAGAUAAACAUGUGAAAACUUUCUAUGGGGAAAAAAAAACUCUUGAGUUUCCUGUCGUCUUCUUUUGAAACUGUAGUGCAUAUGUUAAAAUGUAUAUCAUUUACGGUAUUGAGUCAUGUGCCACUGCUGUACCUGAUGUAUCCAAUCUGGAUUAAACAAACUAUGUGCUGCAAACCCUAA